AUGGAAAAUGAACUGAGUAAGGGUCAGGUCUGUAAUAAAAGGCAUCCUGAUAACAAUGGUGUUUCUCAUCAAACAGAAAAGACACCAUUCAUGUUAAGUCAACACCAGUCUAUUGAUACAGAUUCCAAAUUCUAUGAUUGUGAUAUUUGUGAUGAAAAGUUCUUUACAAAUGAAAAUUUAAUUAACCAUAGAUGUUUUCAUACAAGAGAAAAACCAUACCAUUGUGAUAUUUGUGGUAAAACAUUCCUUCUAAAGAAGAGUUUAUUGAGCCAUAAAUGUAGUCACACAGGAGAGAAGCCAUACAGUUGUAAUAUAUGUGGUCGGAAGUACAGUGUUAAAUUUUCUUUGACUGUACAUAAACGUAUUCAUACAGGCGAAAAACCAUAUCAGUGUGAUAUUUGUGGUAAUGCAUUCUCUGUCAGUAGUUCAGUUAUAACACAUAAACUUAUACACACUGGCCAAAAACCAUGCCACUGUGAUAUUUGUGGUAAAGCAUUCUCUAAAGAUAACUAUUUAUUGAUACAUAAACGUGUCCACACAGGAGAAAAGCCAUAUCAUUGCGACAUCUGUGGUAAAACUUUCUCUGUUAAAAGUUCCUUAACUGUACACAGACGCAUUCAUACAGGAGAAAGACCAUACAAGUGUGAUAUCUGUGAUAAAACUUUCACUUGUCGUAGUCUGUUAUCAGUUCACAAAUUUACUCAUACAGAUAAGAAGCCAUACAAGUGUGAUGUUUGUGAUAAAGCAUUCAGUAUGAAUUGCCAUUUAUCUAAACACAAAUGUAUUCACACAGGCGAGAAACCAUGCCACUGUCAUAUUUGUGGUCAGACGUUUUCACAGAAUUCUAAUUUAAUGGCUCAUAAGCAUAUUCAUACAGGAGAAAAACCGUAUCACUGUGAUAUUUGUGGUAAAAUGUUCUUUACAAAUGAAAAUUUAUCUAACCACAAAUAUAUACACACAGGGGAAAAACGAUAUCACUGUGAUAUUUGUGGUAAAGCAUUCUCCCAAAGAGGUAAUUUAAAGACCCAUGAACUUCUUCAUUCAGGAGAAAAACCUUAUCACUGUGAUAUAUGUGGUAAAAAUUUCUCUACCAAAGAUUAUUUAUCUAAUCACAAACGGACUCACACAGGUGUAAAAACCUGUCAUUGCAAUAUUUGUGGUAAAUCAUUCUCUGACAGUAGUUAUUUAUCGAUCCAUAAUCGUAUUCAUACAGGUGAGAAACCAUAUAAAUGUGACAUUUGUGGUAAAUCAUUCACUGUAAGUGGUUAUUUAACUAAACACAAACGUGUUCAUACAGGAGAGAAACCUUAUCGUUGCAAUACCUGUGGUGGGACAUACUCCAAUACUUCAACUUUAUUGGCCCAUAAACGCAUUCACACAGGUGAAAAACCAUACUGCUGUGAUAUUUGUGGUAAAAGUUUCACUGUAAGUGGAUCUUUAUCCAAACAUAAGCGUAUUCAUACAGGAGAAAAACCAUAUCACUGUGAUAUAUGUGGUAAAGCCUUCACUAAUAAUAGUUCUGUGCAUUCUCAUAAACGUAUUCACACUGGAGAGAAGCCAUAUCAUUGUGAUAUUUGUGGUAAAUCAUUCAGUGCUAGCAUUACAUUAACUAUGCACCAAACAAUUCACACAGGAGAGAAACCACAUGACUGCGAUCUAUGUGGUAAAGCAUUCUCGCGAUCUUGUAAUUUAUCGAGACAUAAACGUCUUCAUACAGGAGAUAAACUGUAUCAUUGUGAUUCAUGUGAAAAAACAUUCGUUUCUAAUCCUGAUUUAAACACACAUAAACGUGUUCAUACAGGAGAGAAACCACAUCACUGUGAUAUCUGCAGUAAAUCAUUCUCUCAAAAUAAUCAUUUAUUGAAUCAUAGACAUAUUCACACAGGCGACAAACCUUAUCACUGUGAUCUUUGUGGUAAAACAUUUUCUCAACAAAGUACUUUAUCUGUCCACAAACGUUUACACAAGUGAGAAACGCAUACACAGGUGAGAAAAUAUGCGUUUGUAAUAUUUGUGUUGGAACAUUGUCAUACUAAUAAGUUACCUAGGUACAAACAGAUAAACAUUCAAUGGAAAUUGUAGCUCGGUUAUAAUUUUUUUAAAGCUGUUCAAUAAGUCAGAAUUGGAUUUCAAACCUAGAAUUUCUCUGAGAUAACUUUGCCAUUGUAGUCACUAAUUUAUAUUAAAAUUUCUUCCAACACCA